ACAGAUAUGGAGGACUUGAAUAAAAGAGAUCAACCAUUCAUGACAAUUCAGAAAAACGAUAGCUCAGAUAAUCUGGUGUUCCAUAUGAAAAAUGGAAUGAGAAACAUCAAGUAUAAACCAGUAGACUAUCAACAGUUGCAUGCAUUAACGGAAGCAAAAAAAUUAGCUUCUGCCUCUACAGAGCUAAAGAUCAGGAAAGCAGUGGAGACUUCAAAGAUAUCUAAGGAACAAACACUACUAAAACAACACAAGCAAGUGUGGUGGCAGGAACACCAACGGCUAACUGAUGUCAGAUGUAAAGUGGAAUCUGAAAUAAAAUCCUUUCUCAGUGAGGAAAACAUUGGAAAUGAAUGUCUUUCUGACCUUCUAAAUUUUGAACAAGAGUUAUCAGAACAAUGGUGCACAUAUCUUAAGAAUGUGAUAAGUCCUAUUCAGCAAUUGAGAGCAGAUCUAAAAUACAGACAGCAUCACAUUUCACAGCAUUCAUGCUCACAUAUUGAGCUUAACUCGGUGAAAGUACUGGAAGAGAUUGACUUCGUGAAGAAACAAUUGAAAGCUGUCUUCGAAAGUCUUAGUCUGGAGCAACAGAAAAUAGAAAAUUAUCUUUCAGACUGGAGUAUGAAGAUACUAGAUUAUUCUUCAGAAGAAAGAAGUAACCUGCCUAGUGAACUGCCUGUGGAAUUAGAAACUUUGGAAUGCCCGUACCCUGAUUUGAAAUCUUCAAUUCUUCAUGAGUUCUGUAACUUUACAGAGAAUUAUCAAAAGAAACUUCAAGACGUUGAUCUGCAGUUAGAAGACAUAUCCAGAAACUUCCAAUUAAGUGAAGAAGACCACUGGAUUUACCAGGCUAUUUUGGAUCAGUAUCCUGGAGAGCUCUGUAACAGAAGAACUCUGUAUCUGAACAUGAUACAAAGAUAUUUUCCUCACAGAUCUAGGCAUGAUUUGGUGGAACAUGAGAAAUAUUGUGAUCAAUAUCGCUUUGCCAGGGAGCAGCGAAGGAUCCUGAUAUCAAAUUGGAAUAAGAACAGGAGAGACUUUAUCCAGAAGGCUGUGCUGACCCUCACUGAGGCCUGUGCAACACAUGCAAUGGAGGACACAUUGGCUAAGGACAGGAGAAAGCAGCAGAAACUGUGUGCUCAUCUGAAAGCCAAGGUUCUUCAAUGGCGAGCCCACCAGGAAGAGGUAGCACGAUUGGAAAUGGAAAUUUCUGCCAGAAGAAGAGAAAAGGAGAAGGAGAAAGAGAAGCUUUGGAAGGAGAAGGAAUUGUUACAAAGAGCAGAGAAGAAAAAGAAAAUAAAAAAAUACUGGGCUAAAAAAGAACAGAAAUGGCAAGAAAUGGAAAUAAGAGAUCUUCAGCGUCUGGAAGAACUGAAGAAAUUAAUGGCUGAACAGUCAGUGAAAGACAGAGAAAGGGUUAAAUAUAGACAAGAAUUACUGGAAAAGCGUUUGAUGGAGAAAAAAGAAGUGGCCCUUCGAGAUGCUCAUGAAGAAGAGGAGAGAGAGAGGCGUCUAGAAGCCCUUAGGAAACAGGUUGCUAUUGUCGCUCAGUUUGAUCCCGUUAGAAUGAUGUCAGAUACAACGGCAUCGAAAGCAAGGAUGGGUAUUGGAAUUGAAGAAGAAUUUAUUCUUCAAAAGCCACUCUUUACAUUGAAUACAUACAAUGAAUACCAGAUAAUUUCUGACCCUAGACUCCGUUUUGAGUUAGCACUUCGAGAAGCUGGACUUCAUAAAACAUUUUAUGCCAAAGAGAUAUUACCAAAAAUCAGUCCUCAAAAACCUCCAAGAAAGGACAUGGAGUCUACUGUAUUUAAAAUAUAG